CCACGCCUCUUCCCCCUCCAUCUCUCUUUCCAUCCAUCGCAACUCCCCAGCCGUUUCCGCUCCCCCACCCAACUCCUCACGCAUCGCCGUCGUCCUUUGCGUCGGACACCUUGCCUUCUCCCAGACAAGAUAGUACAUAGCGGUGCUGGUGUGGCCGCAAUGGCUGUCCAGGCGCGGUUCCUCUCCCACGCCUUCCCCCACGACCUCAACGCCUACAGGUCCAUGGACGCCGCGGCGCCGGGUGCCUCCCAUCUCCUGGACGAGCACGCCGGGUGCGCCCCCGCGGUGGCGUGUAUUGGGAACAACACUGUGCUGAGCGAUCUCCCGCGAAGCGAGCUCACAUGCAACGACAACUACGGCUUCGUGCCCAGGAAGCGGGCGCGCAUGGCCGGGGACGAGCCGGCGGGGCUCGCGGACCUGGCACGGCAGCGCUUGGUUCUGCAGCAGGCGGCGGCGAUGCACGGGCUCAUGCUGCCUUGCGAUGCGCAGAGCAGGGCGGUCGGCUCCGGCGCCGCGUCCACUAGCGGGAGGAUGGCCAAUGCUGCCGGCCUCAACACGCUGCUCUACAACCAGGGCGUGGAGAUGGACGCGCUCAUACGGCUCGAGACGGAGAGAAUUCAUGCGGGGCUUGAGGAGGCGCGCCGGCGGCACGCGAGGGCGGUCCUGGCUACUGUGGAGCGCGCUGCGGCGGGGCGGCUUCAGGCCAUAGAGGCUGAAAUGGAGCGCGCGCGCUACCGCAACGGCGAACUGGAGGAGAGGCUCCGCCAGAUGACCGCGGAGGGCCAGGCGUGGCUCGGCGUUGCCAAGAGCCACGAGGCCGUUGCCGCCGGCCUCCGCGCCACCCUGGACCAGCUGCUGCAGCCCCCGUGCGCCGUCGCCGGUGCUGCCGAGGGCGAUGCCGACGACGCGCAGUCCUGCUGCUUCGAGACCCCAGCGGGCGACAACGCCGAUGACGCGGCGUCGAAGGCGGUCGCGGCGGCUCCGUCGUGCAAGGCCUGCGGCCAGGGGGACGCCUGCGUUCUGCUGCUCCCGUGCCGGCACCUGUCCCUGUGCGGUGCGUGCGAGCCCGCCGUGGACACCUGCCCCGUGUGCGGGGCCACCAAGAACGCCUCGCUCCACGUCCUCCUUUCCUGACCAUCCAACUCCAGGCCGCCGACGGUGGGCGUACGUCGCGCGGCCGAGCUCGUCGUGGGUGUCGUGUUCUGCAAUAUUUGUUUUUGUUUCUGCUGCAUGUGGGCUUCAGCAGUGUUGCACAAGCGUCACGUGAUCAGGCCAUGCGCCUCCAAAUGUUGGAAUUUGCAUGUAGAUCCUAGGCUAGUUUUUUUAUUUAUAAGUAGGUAGCCUGUUAAUGUGCUGAACUAAUCUUAGUAUGUGGGUGGCUAAAUUUCCCGAGUUAAAAGUUGUUUCGUCCUGGGGAAAAAAAUGUACACACCAGUAUUGGCACCAAAACCGUGUUGUUUCCGUGCGAUUGCUCCAUGCGUGUGUAAAGAUGCUGCAUGAUGGCAAUAUUUUACUA